CCCCUUCACUCGCCCACCCUUUUGCUAGCAAAAUCCAAAUCUCCCCUGCUUUCAAGUUUCACCACUUGUGAGUUUCUGAACUCACACAUUGGCACCCACAAAAACCCACCUUAAACCUUCACAUAGACAUAUACCACCUUCUCCCUUGGUUAUACACAACAGAUUUUUAGAUGGGUCCUUCCAAAAUUACAACUUUUCCCAUCCGAUUCUGCUUUUUAUUCUGAUCGGAUCAGCUUUGAAAUUAAUCACAAUCCACUCUCCAAAAUUCUGUUUUUUUCCCCUCCUUUUCAACUGCCUAUCUCAAAAUCAAUCGGUAAAAGUUGUUCUGGUUUAAUCUGUAAUCUCUAAUUUGAGUUUUGAGUAUUUAGUUACCUCAUAGUCAGAAGACAAAAACUCUUACUCAAAAUAAUCCUGCUUGAUUCGAGCAUGAUUGUUUCUCGUGAAAAAUAGUUAUAGUUUGUAUUGGAACUAUCUAUCUCAAUUUGGCUUUUGAGAUAGUGAGUGGGAGAAGGGUUUGCUGUUGUUUUUGGUAUUUGUGGUGGUGGUCAUGGCUAACAAUAGGGAAAAGUCUACCAAGGAGGGUGUUGAAGAGACUCAUCAUCACAAGGUGAUUGGUGAAAGUGAAGGCCAAGAUUGGGAGAUUGAGAAAGGAAAGGGUCUUGAUUUGAGCUCAGGGAGGAGACAAUGGAAGCCAGUUUUUGAUGAUGCUUCCCUGUCACACAGGCCUCUCAAGAAAAUCCGAAGCCCCGAACGCGAAAACCCGAAUCAACAACAACAACAACCAGCAUCCUCUAUGCUGUCUCUUCAGCCUCCUUCAUCAAGAAUAGUGUUUCCUUUUGCUUUUGAAGGCUCUCAACAUCCAAUGCCAUUCCCACACCCUUUUGGAACCACAAACUUGCCUCUUUUUCGUCCAAAUCUUCAUCCAACUCAACAAAUGAUAUCUUUUGGGUCCCAACAGAACAUGGGGUAUCCACCAUUCCUAGCCCCAGAAUCUACCAUGCCACACCAACACCAACAACACCUUCAACAACAUCAUCAACAGCUUCUUCAUUAUUGGAGUGAUGCAAUAAAUUUGAGUCCAAGAGGGAGGAUGAUGAUGAUGAUGAAUAGGACUGAAGGAAGACAAAUAUUAAGGCCACAAGCACAGCCUCUGAAUGCUACCAAGCUCUAUAGAGGAGUGAGGCAACGCCAUUGGGGCAAAUGGGUAGCCGAGAUUCGUCUCCCUCGCAAUCGAACUCGCCUUUGGCUUGGAACCUUUGACACUGCUGAAGAUGCUGCUAUGGCUUAUGAUCGCGAAGCCUUUAAGCUUAGAGGGGAAAAUGCUAAGCUCAAUUUCCCUGAACUCUUUCUCAACAAAGAUAAAGCAGAACAAUCCACAACUGUUGCUCCUGCUUCUUCUUCUAAUGAAGGUUCAACAUCAACAUCAAGCCAGAACACAAAGCAACCAGAACCAAUACCAGAAGAGAUUAACACUGAGAGUGAGGACAUACCACCAACAGAGACAAUAGCAGAAGAGAAUGCUGAAACUGGAAAAGGAAUUUCACAACCUCAGGAAUUGGUUUGGGGUGAAUGGUUCAAUGCAAUUCCUGCAGGUUGGGGUCCUGGAAGUCCUGUGUGGGAUGAUUUGGACCCCAACAAUAAUCUUCUUUUGCAUUCACAACUUCCCUUUGUGAAUCCAAAUCAGCAAGAGUUUCAUGAUGAUGCUGGUGCUUCUUCUCAGAUACAACAAGAAGAUAACAGCACAGAACCAGGUUCUUCUUCCUCUCCCUCUUUUCCCAUGAGGCCCUUCUUCUGAAUGGUUAGGAUUAAAAUCAUAUCUAAAAUUAGCAUCUUUUCUAUUAGUUUUUCUCUUGAUUAGUGUAAGAGAAUUAUGAAGUCCCACGUUGGAUAAACAAAGACACUUUUUGGACUAUACAUCAUCUAUUUGCUUCAUACAAAUUUGAGAAUAUGAUGAAUAAGUUCUUAAUUCUCGGCCGUAGAAUAUUUUUCUAGUUCACCCAAAAAAGAUUCAGCCUAGUCUGCACUCAUUUUGUAUUGAGCUUAUGCAAAAAUUCAAACUGUUGAGAGAUUCCUCUUAGUUUUCUUUCUUCUUCUCCUGAAUUGAUAACUAUCUUGGUCCAUUACUGAAGCUUCCCCACGUUCACAUAUCAGGACAAAAGUGAUAACCACACCCCCACCAAUUGUAUUUUGUUCUCACUGGUUGCAGAUAUUUUCAACAACAACAACCUGCAUAUCAUGGAUGUUUACUUCGAAGCAUAUAAUAAAUUUUCAUUUCCUGAAAAAUUCUGCUGCAAUAAGGCUACAUAUUUUAACAAGCCUUUCGGCAUCUGGCUCAUACUUGGUGGGCCUUCCCUUAAUUUGUUCCUAGUUCCUAAUGACAAUAGUUAGUGUUCCUAGUUCCUAGUGAUAAUAGUUAGUUUUCUGUUUUUUUGGGUAAUUUAUUAUAAUAGUACUAUUAUUCUCUUAGCUCUUUUUUUGUACUAUUAGUUGUUUUUAAUUUAUUAUGCAGAUGUUUAGCAUGACCAAGAAGGAAACUUUUUUUUUUUUGUGAUUUUCCUUUUUAAUGGUCCAUAAUGAUAAUGUUUCGUUAUGAGCUUCCUUUUUCAGCUCGAAGGACGGUUGUAUAUUAUUAUUCCGUUUGUAGUUUGUUAUGCACAUUGUCCGGUUUGGACUGAUGUAAUGUUAGGCCGACUUUACCGCCAAGACUUUUAUGUUUCUUCUUUGGAGUAUAUAAAAACAAUAAUGCUUUGUGUGU